CUCCUCUCCUAGGUGGUCACCCUCCACGUCUCACCUCUUCUCAGCCCGCAUGUCCCUUCACUCUCGUCUCCUCUGCCCGUACCUCACUCCUGUCUCAGUCCCCACGUCAGAUCUCUGCUCCGAAUGUCUUGUCAUGUUAUAUCCCAUCUCCUCAGCCAGCCACAUUACUUCCAGUCCCGCCUUCUCUGCCUGCCACCACAUGUCGCGUCAAGUCCUGUCUCCUCUGCCCGCCCCACACGUCACUUCCGGCCUCCUGGGCCUGCCCCACUCGUCACUUCCUGUCUCCUCAUCCCGCCUCAUCCCGUUGCGUCUCCAUAUGCAGUGUCGUAAUAAACUCGUUAUUCGGUCACCAUUUAUACAAUGGGGAAACUGGCAGGGAUAUGUGUAACACCCACGGUAGCCUUACCUUGGAGUAGCAGCCUUCCAAGGUGUGUAUCCUUGUCCGCGAGAAUACACGUCACCCGUGUCCCAGGCUCAGCCUCCGGUUCCUGACACAGCACACCCAGGUCUCCAGGAUCCCUCACGCUUGCGUCACAGGGCCCUGUGCGAAGAGCAAACUGGUGCCCGAAUCAGCAGGCGGACAGGGACUUGUCUCCGGAGUACCAGAAGUCCGAGGGCCCAUUCCCAGCCGGGGCCUCCACAGCAGCCCUCAAACUGUGGGAAACGGCCAUGACGACAGAAGCCAUGCCCAUUGCCCGUGUCAUCGGCACGCUUUCCUUCCCUCAAAGCAAGCCCCAUGCAGCCCUCGCCCGGGUGCUCUUGCCCCUCGCCCCUCGCCCCUCGGGUGGCUGAAGCUCCUGCGCAUUGGUGCCAUGGACGGCAACGGUGGCCUGGGGCCCCUUGAAGCCCACUGCAGAAGACACCACUUCAAGGGAAAAGCUGACCGCCGCAGCAGGGCUCAGGAAAGGGAGAUGGUUUGGCAGGAUGGCACUAAGCAACAGCGUUUCCAGAAGGCAAACCGCUGUUACCACGGCCUCAGGGCUGACGCUCAUCGGGAGGAGGACGUCGGGAGCAGCGCCCAGCAGCUCCCAGGGAAGAGCGAGGAAUGGGAUUUUCCAACAGAAACUGUUAAAUUUGGUCCUGAACACAUACAUAUCGAUAGCUGGAUCAAAAAACACACCUAUGACAACUUUAAGGAGACAUCUGAAUCAGGGAUGCAGUACUACUUGCAGGUAAGUGAGUGACAUCCUUUCUGUGUGUUGCUUUUAAGUUAAGGAGCAGUCUUCAAUGUCAUUCAUGUAAUUGACUUUUGAAGUUAAUUAAAUACCAACAUACUUCCAUAUGUUAGGAAACAGUAGAUUUAUUCUUUUUUUUUUUUUU